UGAACACCUAAAGAAAAUUAACAAAAUCAAAUUUUUUGUAUUCAGUUAAAAAUUAUGUCUAUAUCAUAAAUAUACACAAUUACCAAAUUUUAGGAAGCUCACAUAAAACAGGAGAAGUAAAAAUUGAAAAUUAUUGUAAAGCAGGUGAAAAAUAGAAAAUACUGAACAAACCUGCAUGCACAGCGACAAAUAACUUCAAGGUGUGAAAAUGAACAAUUGGAGGGUUGCUGUUGUAUUAAAAAUUGAGAAUGCCUCGAUAUAGUAAACUGCAGCUUCAAGUUCUAUCCUUGUACAGAGAGUUUUUAAGAGAAACAAAAGGAAAGCCUGGAUUUGAAAGUCACAUCAGAAGCGAAUUUCGUAAAAAUGCAAAAAUCCCUAAAAACGAUAUUAUGAAAAUAGAAUAUGUGUUUCGACAAGGUCAAAGGAAACUUGAAAUGAUUAAAAGUUCUUCUGUUUCGGGAAUGGGUGUGUUUGAAAGAGACGAAAAUGAUAAUGUAAAAUAGAGACACUUUGAACUAACAUAAUAUUGCUGAAAAUUAAUUCAAAAACCGUGCAUUUUUUAGUUAACUGGUAAUUUUAAUUGAAUUUCCAAUAUGUCGCAUUUUGUCAGAUUUUGUUCUUCUCUAGUUGAAAUACAAUCAAACACUGCAAUCUACAAACGUAUUUUACCUUCUUUCCCAAAAGGGAUCGAAAUGGCAUUUUCUUAUGGAUCUGCAGUGUUCCAACAAGAAGGACAUCCAUCAAAAGAUAAAAAUAUGUUGGAUUUUGUUUUUGUAGUGGAAGAUCCCUUAGUGUGGCAUCAAGAAAAUCUAGAAAUGAAUAGGAGCCAUUAUUCCUUCCUGAAGUUAUUUGGCGCUAAAAAAAUUGCCAACAUCCAAGAGAAAUUUGGUGCGGGAGUAUAUUUCAAUACUUUGAUACCAUUUGAAAAUAGACUUAUCAAAUAUGGAAUUAUUAGCACCGAUAAAGUCAUAACAGAUCUCUUAGAUUGGGAGACGUUGUAUGUCAGUGGGCGUCUUCAUAAACCAGUCAAUUUCAUUAAAUCGCCUAUUAACUCUGACCUCAAAAACGCUAUAAAUAUGAAUUUGAAUAGUGCUAUUCAUAGUGCCUUAUUGCUUUUACCAGAAACUUUCACUGAGGUUGAACUCUAUGAGACUAUUACUGGUCUUUCAUAUAGUGGGGACAUACGAAUGUCUAUUGGGGAAGACCAACAGAAAAUUAGGAAAAUUGUUGCGCCAAAUUUAGAACAUUUUCGCAAACUGUAUGAACCUAUACUGGAUAACGAAGAGCAUAUACAUUGGUUCAAAUCUGCUGGUAAAUUUGAACAAUAUCCUAAUAUCCAGUCACAAUGGCAUCACUUAAAUCUGUUACCCGGUGGUGUUCACCAAAUUCUCAUUGAAUAUAAGUAUCAACAGGGACGUUAUGAGGAUUAUGAAGAGAUUUUGAGAGCCUAUGCCCAUGAUAGCUAUUGCUGUGAUCAUGUUAGGAAAGCCAUUUCUGAUAUAGUGAAAUCGUCUAGUUUCAAACAAAGUACUAAAGGUAUUUUAACAGCUGGUAUUAUUAAAUCGUUAAAAUAUUCUUCAGCUAAAGUGAAAAAAAUGAUAAAUAGUAGAAGAAGUUAAAAGUUUUUUGUUGGAUGUUUUGGGUUAUCCUGUUUGAAUUGCCAAUUUAAAAGGGAAAUAACUGACUGAAGUGUUGUCUAAAAAUUUAAUUUUCCAGAGUGACCUCCUGCCAUGGACAAGAGCUAGUCUCUGGGAUACUCUCUGGGUUAUUGUAUUAAUUUAAGUUGUGUAGAAAAAUAGUGUGUUGCUUCAAUAAAUUUAUUACUAU